GAGUGGAAGGUGACGCAAGCCUUCAGAUGUAUGCGGGAACCGUCCGGAUGAAAGAGACUGUACGUCUGUCUGCGUCUCACAUAUAACGUUACGUCUGUCUGCUCUCAUCUUCAUCACUGCAACAGUCACCAUGAGGCUGAUAUCCAGAGGAGCUGCUCUCUGGUUGCUGCAUUGCUGUCACAUAGCCAGUGUUCUUGGCCAAACGUCUGAAUCUGCCUUAACUGUAGUGGAGAAUAAAGGAGGGGGUGGGGAUGAUGAAGAAGAGGAGGUGACAAUUGAUGAAGAUGAAGGAGAUUUAGAGGUGGCCCAACCAACUGAGGAGUGGCAGACGCUCAAACCAGGCCAGGCAGUGCCAGCUGGUUCCCAUGUUCGGCUGAAUCUGCAGACGGGUCAGCGGGAGGUCAGACUGGGAGAAGAGCAGCUUAAAUACUGGACACAGGAACACAGGGAAAAAGAGGAGACCCAGUCCUCCUUCAGUCCUGAUGAGCUGAAACGAGCCAUGAAAAAGAUUAAGGAGGAUCAGAGUGACACAGACCAACAGGACUCUGUGGCGUCUAAGUACCGCCCCCUGGAGGAGUUAAAGAGAGACUUGGCUCAGCUGGAGAUGCUGGUGGAGACAGAUGCUCAGAUAAUGAGGCGCCUGCUGGAGCAGUUCAACAGCAGCAACUCGACGACGGAGCAGAGGCUGAGCAUCCUGCUGGAGCUGGAGUACAUGGUGCAUCAGGUGGAUAAUGCUCAGACUCUGUGUUCGAUGGGGGGUCUCCAGCUCAUUCUACAGGGUCUGAACAGCUCAGACUUCAGAUUACAGGAGAGCUCUGCCUUUGUCCUGGGUUCUGCUGCGGCCAGUAACCCUGCGGUUCAGGUGAAGGCUGUGGAGAGUGGUGCCCUUCAGACGCUCCUAACCAUACUGGCCACUACACAACCACUCAGAGUCAAAAAGAAGGUUCUGUUUGCGGUGGCCUCCCUCUUACGUCACUUCCCCUACGCACAGCGUCACUUCCUGUCACAUGGAGGGCUGCAGGUCCUUUCGGAGCUGUUCAGGGCAGACGGGGGCGGAGUCUUGCGUACACGCAUCGUCACCAUGUUGAAUGACAUGAUCAGUGAGAAGGAACUGAUCUCUCAGGCAGGUCUGGACCCGGCGCUGGAUGCCUCCCAUCAGGAGCGGGUGCGUCAGUACUCUAAGGUGUCCCUGCAGGGGGAGCUGCUGGAAAAGGGCUGGUGCAGUCUGGUCCCACAGCUACUGGAGUCCACUGAGCAUGACUACAGAGAGAAGGCUCUGCGGGCUUUGUUGGCCAUGGCUCCUGUGUGUGCGGACCAGUACCGCUCAGACGGCUCUCUGCUGGGCUCACUGCUCUCUCUCAGGGACCAGUACCAGGAGAUGGUCCAGUCAGAAAUGAUUGUUGGAGAGGAGAACGGCUACUUUGCAGAAAUUGUAGAACUCAUAGAUGCUCUGCAAGUCAAAAUGAAAUGACGAGAGGAUUGUGCAGUGACGUUUUACGUACAAGACAAAGAGGAGUACACAGACUUGUGGACUGGGAGGAAAAAACAAACACUCUUCAAGUGCAAGAGUCUACUGCAUGCAAUUCAAGGACAGGUGACGCUCCUCUGACACAGAUGUUGGGCUGACCCUGUAGAUGAUGGAUCCAUAGGUUGGUCAGGAUGAACCUGACCGACUGAGAUUUCAUUGGUGGCCUUUUUUUGGGACGUAUUUGGAUGGUGGUGGAGAUUGGAAUAAAGAAAAUUUUCCUUGUGUUAAUAGAUGUUUAAAUUUCAAUUUAAUCUAUUUAAGAAUAAAUAAAUUAUUUCAAAAUGA